GAAGAAGCUCUGACGCCGAAGCCAAGCCAACAACAGAGCGCAGGGAUAAGCGCGAAGAUUUUAAAAUAAAAUGGCGGAGAUUCGGGCUGUGCUGCAGCGGUGUGACCCGUGUCUGCUGGAUCCGGACCCGGAGUGUUCUGAGGAGACAGCCGGGACGCUCCUCUUCCUCACGGACAGUCGUAGUGUCCAGAAGGUAUUUUGCCGUCAGCUGUUUGUUCUGGACUCCAUGAUGUCGCUCCUGGAAGGUCUUGAUACUUCUCAACAGUUGAUGACCCAACCCUGUCCCCCAUUGCCAGAGGGCGGAGCUCGCAGCAGGUGGAAGGCUCUAAAAGUGAAAAACAGGUUGGGGGUCGAGGAGACGGAGGCACUCCUGAGAACUCUGCAGGACCGGGUCCAACAGAUCCACGACAGGCGACGCAAACUCACACAGCUGGUUCAGCAGCUGCACAGCAAGGUUCAGCAGCGGGAGGAGCUGGAAGUGUCGCUGCUGAAGGCCCAGAAUGCACUGUGCUCAUGUGAUCAGCAGCUGAAGCAGCUGGGGGCGGAGUCAGAGACGGAGCUUGGUCAGCUGACUGUGUGGCAGCAGCUCAGAAAUGAGCUGCAGGCGCACGCCGCCGCCUCGCAAGACGUCAUGCAGAUCAACCUGCUUGCCUUCAGCCAAUCAGAGCUGCGUGUGGACCUCCGGCCACGCCCCUGCUCCAUCCUGUCCUCCAAUGAGUUGGAGCCGCUGAGGCUUCUGGUCACCUGGAGCAGCGAAGAUCGAUUCGGGCUGCAGGUGGAGGCGGGGCCGGUCGGUCUGGUGGAGGGCUGCGUGCUGGGUCGUUGGACGGAGCUUAGCACAGCCCUGCUGAGGAUCCUGCAGUGCUUUGUGGGUCAGGCCGAGCUCCUGUCUGAGAUCCAGAACCUGAGAACCAGCUUUGCCAUCGACUGGCAUCCCGCUCAGCGCCUGCUGGUCUACCUGAAGUCUGCGUCCCUCGUGUGUCACCUGGAGGUGGAGGAGGGGUAUCCAGGAUGCGGCCGGGCUCGACUUAAGUCCGUACGGAGGGACGGACAACCAGUGGACACAUCGGGACUGAAGCCUCGCAAAGAAGACCUCAGUCUGACUGAAUGGUUGGUGUUCCUCUGCAGCGCUGCACUCCUCUGAGGAGCGCCUCCUCCCGAACCUCCUCCUGAACCUCCUCCUCCUCA